AUGGCCGCGCUGAGGAGAGGUUCGGCCGUGGCCUUGGCGGCGCUGGUGGCGGCGGCGAUGUGGGCCGGGAUGGCGUCGGCGGCCGUGUACGAGGUGGGCGACAAGCUCGGGUGGACCAUCAUGGGCAGCCCCGACUACGGCGCCUGGGCCGCCUCCAAGAAGUUCAGCCUCGGCGACACCCUUGUGUUCACGUACAACAAGCAGUUCCACAACGUGAUCGCGGUGAGCAAGGCGGACUACAAGAACUGCAACGUGACCAAGCCGACGGCCACCUGGGCCACGGGCAAGGACUCCGUCGUCCUCAACACCACCGGCCACCACUACUUCCUCUGCGGCUUCCCGGGCCACUGCGCCAUAGGUCAGAAGGUGGACGUCCGCGUGCUCUCCUCCGCUGCCCCUUCCACCGCCCCCGCCAUGGCGCCCGCCCCGGGAGCCGCGGGCGGCGGCUCGGCCGGCCGCGCCGGCGCCGCGCCCUCGCCGCACCCCAACGCCGCGCCGGCCGUCAGCAGCUCGUUCGCCGUGACGGUCGCCGCGUCCGUGCUGUCCGUGGCCGCUGCCGGAUUGAACCUGCUGUAG